UACUACAGUAGGAUGUAGCAAGCUUUUUUUAACUGUUUUAGCUUUUAUUGUUAUUAGUCUUUCAAGCAGACAGCACACAAGAGGAAUAUAGGACACUAGAGGACACUACACACACACAACAGCCAGUCACUUUUGAAUAAAAAUAAACGUGUUCAACUUCUGUUACGAAUGAUAAAAUAACCUAGUCAAAUCUUAAGACUCAAGAGCUCAACAUUCAAAACUUGUUUACCUCUCAUGUCCAAUGACUUGUUCGACAAUGAAUGAAGAUAUUGAUAUUAUAGAGGAAUAUCCGCUAAGAGCUGAAACCGUUAAUAAGGUUGAGCAUCAAGAUGAAAGAUUGCGUUCUUUAAGCUCUGGAAAUGCAUUUCCUCCUGUGAAAGCAGCUUUAAAACUGAACUCACAAAAGAAGCUGACAUCAUUUUUCAGUAUGCCAAGCACUGAAAAAACAACUGGAAAUGUCAUAAAUGAGGAUUAUGAGAUUCAGAGCCAUAUGAUCGUAAACAAUGAGGAGGAAAUUGAUCUUCUUCGUGAUGUAUAAUCCUUUUCAUUUGAUACCAGCAAAAAAACCUCAACAAAUACUGUUUAAAAUGUUGAUCGAUCUACCCUUGUUGAAAAUGAAACAGCCCUUCAAAAAAACACUUAUCCAGCUAAGUCUCAAAUAAGCCAGCCUCUACGCCAGAAACCGUAUCCACCUUAAAAUCCUUCUAAGUCUGUUACCAGCGAUAAGCAAACUGAUGGCUCCAAAGCUUCCGACCAUACCGUUCUGGCUAGCGCAUCUGGUCAAACAGAUCAGUCUUCUCAGCCAACAGACGUUUUUAUUGCAACCUUCCAUCCGAGCCAGUCUGGUUGGCCAAUACAUCCUGGCCAUUCUAAGCAGUCCAGCAGUUCCAUGCAGGCUACCAGUUCCGUACAGGCUACUAGUUCCGUGCAGGCUAGCAGUUCCGUGCAGGCUAGCAGUUCCGUGCAGGCUACCAGUUCCGUGCAGGCUAGCAGUUCCGUGCAGGCUAGCAGUUCCGUGCAGGCUAGCAGUUCCGUGCAGGCUAGCAGUUCCGUGCAGGCUAGCAGUUCCGUGCAGGCUACCAGUUCCGUGCAGGCUAGCAGUUCCGUGCAGGCUAGCAGUUCCGUGCAGGCUAGCAGUUCCGUGCAGGCUAGCAGUUCCGUGCAGGCUACCAGUUCCGUGCAGGCUACCAGUUCCGUGCAGGCUACCAGUUCCGUGCAGGCUACCAGUUCCGUGCAGGCUACCAGUUCCGUGCAGGCUACCAGUUCCGUGCAGGCUAGCAGUUUCGAUCAGCCUGAUCAGUCGAAUAAGGCAAACCAUGUUCGUUACCAGCAAUUCAACGAAGCUUGGCUGAAUGACGGACAGUUUAAACCAUGGCUAGAAAAACGGACUGUUUCCACUGAAAAAUCUAAAAUCAUCAAAGCUUAUUGCAUCCCGUGCAAUAAAAUGAUUGGGAACCACAAAACAACGUUAAAGGACCACUCAAAGAGCAAAAAUCCCAUCAUGCUUGCACCAAGCUAUGAAGUUGUCGUUAAACAACGACAAUGUUUGGCAGACUUGGUUUCGGGAAGCGUUCUUUUAGCCGAUGCUGUCACAGAAUAUGAGAUGACCCUUGUCUGCUUUCUAAUCCAUCAGAAUUUGCCAAUUUCAUCGAUUGAAUCUACUGUGUCCACUCUUCGUCGCUUUCAUCCUACUGAUGACAGAUUAAAAAAACUUCAGUUGGGCAGAACUAAAACGACUGCUAUUAUCAAAGAUGGUUUUGGAGUAGGCCUUAAACUAAGCCUCUACGAAAAACUUAGAAAAACAUUCUUUUCCAUUGUGAUAGACAAAACCACAGAUGUCAAGGUCCAAAGCCAAUUGGCUAUCAUGGUGCAAUAUUGGGACGCUAUCUUGUGCCAACUUGUGGUUGACGUGUUGGAAUUCAUUGUUUGUAGUGAUCCGUCAGCUGAUGGCUUAUCAAAGUCUAUCUUAACUCUAUUAGAGAAACAACAGAUUCCUAAGGACUGGUGUGGGUGGUGGGAUUCUGCGCAGACACCUGUAGUGUUAUUGUUCGGGAAAAAGAAAUUGGAUUUAACGAUUCUCCAAGAAACGAUUCCGUCAAUUGCCAUCAUAAAAUGUUCCUGUCAUUCCAUCCAUGUGGUCACGUCCAAUGCCAACAAGAAACUUCCAGAGUUACUUUAACACUUGAUUUGGUCAAUUUUCGCUCACUUCUCAAGAAGCACGAGCCGUCGACGGAAAUUGGUGGCUUUUCAGCAAUUCGUUAACAUCGAAGAACAUGGACAGACACGUUGGCGACAGGGUUUCACCGGGACAGACACGUUGGCUUUCGUUAGAAUAUUGUGUUCUGCGAGUUUUAGAGCAAUUUGAUGCUCUUAAACUUUAUUUCGAGAAAGAAGACAGGGAUGAAAAGACCAAGACAACGACAGAAAUCCUUCAUUAACUCAAUGAACGUUCAACCAAACCACUGCUUCUGUUCAUGAAAUAUGCUCUUAAACAUUUCAACGAAUUUAACACCAUUUUCCAAUCUGAAAUGCCCAAACUGCAUUUACUGCAAAAGGAAGUUUGUGAAAUGCUGACGUCCUUGGCAAUCAAUUUCAUGGUUGUACCCACACAGCACAUUUGGUUCCCCAGGACCUCCCAAGAUCCUCUUAAUUUCCUCCUCAGUCUUACUUGUGAGCUUCCUAAAUUCCUCUAAAAACCAUCUUUUUGGUUACCUGGUGGCUUCCUGAUAACCUCCUCAGUACCUCUCUCACCUUCCCGAGGAUCUCCCCAUAACCUCCAAUAAUGAAACAAAUUAACCAUAUUGUCACGCGAGUUGUAUUGGAACAAGAACAAACGAAUACAACAAGUGAUGACCUUAA